UCCUCCUUGCUCAGCGUGACAGCGCCCGUGUGCGGUGCGAUAUACGGCAAGCCGUAAUGACCAUGGAGGAGCAGACGGGCUGCGUCAGAGGAGGCCUAUCCGACCGCUUAUCAUCACCGACGAGACCCCCGUCCAUGAGACGCAGAGCACCAGUACGUACAGUGGAAAAGUAUUCCGUGCCACCUUUACAUGCCUGGCGCUGCACUCUUCAUACCGUCGCUGGCAGCAUUAUGUUUUCUCGAGAGCCCAAUAGAGCACAGUAUCUAAGCUUUCAAGCUCCACCUCUGAUGACUGGUGUUCUGGAGCCAAAUGUCAAACUGAGAAAAGCUGAGCGAUUGUAUGAGGGCCAACUAGUGGGUCCAGAAUCGAUAGUGAACAUCGGAGAUGUCCUGUUUACUGGCACGGCUGAUGGGCAGAUUCUGAAGAUUGAAGAUGACAAAAUCCACACCAUAGCAAGACUCGGGAAACCUCCUUGUGGAACCCGAGACAAUGAACCAAACUGUGGAAGACCCCUUGGACUCCGGGUUGGCCCUAAUGGGACACUUUUUGUUGCGGAUGCUUACCAAGGAAUAUUUGAAGUGAAUCCAGCUACAGGUGCGGUGGAGCAGCUUGUGUCUUCCAAGAAUCUAGUUCAGGGCAAGAAAAUGUCCUUUGUCAAUGAUCUUGCAGUGACUAGUGAUGGCAGGAAGAUCUACUUCACGGAUUCCAGCAGUAAAUGGCAGAGACGGGAUUUCCCUUUUCUAGUCAUGGAAGGCACAGAUGAUGGCCGCUUGCUGGAGUAUGACACAUUGACAAAGGAGCUGAAGGUUUUGAUGGGAGGAUUACGAUUUGCCAAUGGUGUGCAGCUAUCUCCUGCUGAAGAUUUUGUGCUUGUUGCUGAAACUACAAUGGCGCGUGUGAGGAGGUAUUAUGUGUCUGGCCUCACAAAAGGUGGGAUAGACAUGUUUGCUGACAACUUGCCUGGAUUUCCUGACAACAUCCGUCUUAGCAGUUCAGGGGGAUACUGGGUGGCCAUGUCUGCUGUGAGACUUAACCCUGGAUUUUCCAUGAUGGAUUUCUUAGCGGACAAACCAUGGAUUAAGAAAAUAAUUUUUAAGAUCUUCAGUCAAGACACAGUGAUGAAGUUUGUCCCCAGAUACAGCCUUGUCUUAGAGCUAGGAGAGAAGGGAUCUUACAAGAGAAGUUUCCAUGAUCCUAAUGGAGAGGUGGCCACGUACAUAAGCGAAGCUCAUGAGCAUGAUGGAUACUUGUAUUUAGGAUCUUUCCGGUCACCAUUUAUCUGUAAAUUGAACCUGAAAGAUGUUUGAUUUUUCUCGUGUGUGUAAUUGAAGGACGUACACUGGACAGAUCUUCCGGGACCUCGGAGCUGUCAUCCUGUCGGCUGCCUUGGACCGUACUCUGCAUCAUAUAGACACAAAAUCUCGCCAACUGGAGCAUAACCCUAUCACUCAUGUGUGGACACCUAAAAGCCACUUACAUAGACCACACAUGUAAUAUAACAAAACAUAACUUUAUUGAAA